UGCCGCAACCACCGACAUGCGCAGCGAAUAGCCGUCUGAUGGGCUCCAAUUGGCCCGGAAGGGCCUCGAGAACUUCGAUUGGGGGCGUGUCUCCAAUCUGGCAGUUUUGGGGGCCAAUGGCCACUCCCGCACGCCCCUAGGUCUUUGCCCGUCAAGGCGGUGGAGGGGCCGUCGUUGCGCCUCUUUGUCUAUAUCCAGGCCCUCCUCUUGUUUUCCGAACCCCUCGACACAACCACCAUCUUGUUUCUGCUAGAUUGCAUAUGCCCUUUGUCUCACCACCACCAGCCUGACCUAGUUCGUGGCUGCUUCCAGAUUCGAAUCCAGCGAGCCACCAUAAUCAGCGGGGAAAGGGCCCAGAGGGCUUGAUCGGGAACCGAAAAAGCAACGAAACCGGACGUCGCCAUGUACGCGUACAACAAGCCCAUAAAGGCCAUGGAGCCUCCCAAUAUCCAGGACCACUACAUCGGCAUUGAUGUCGGCACAGGCUCUGCCCGCGCCUGCAUCAUCGAUGAGACCGGUGAUAUCAAAGCCUUGGCCUCUGAGAAUAUCAAGCUGUGGCAGCCCGAGAACGGCUACUAUGAACAAUCCACAACAGACAUCUGGCGCUGCAUCUGCGAGUGUGUGCGCCGAGUUGUGCAAGAGUCUCUGGUCAACCCAAACCAAAUCAAGGGCAUUGGCUUCGACGCCACCUGCUCCCUGUCCGUGUUCUCCAACGAUACCGACGAGCCUAUUCCCGUUACCGGUCCCGAUUUCACCAACGAUGGCAAUGACCGGAACGUCAUUCUCUGGCUAGACCACCGUCCGGUCGAAGAGACAGAAAAGAUCAAUGCCACCAACCACAAGCUGCUCAAGUAUGUCGGUGGCAAGAUGAGCAUUGAGAUGGAAAUUCCCAAGGUUCUAUGGCUCAAGAACCACAUGCCUCCUGAGCUGUUUGCUCGCUGCAAGUUUUACGACCUGGCAGACGCUCUUACUCACCUGGCUACGGGUAACGAGACGCGCAGCUUUUGCAGCGCUGUUUGCAAGCAGGGCUUCGUUCCUGUGGGUGUAGAUGGCAGCGUUAAAGGCUGGCAAGAGGACUUUUACCACGAAAUUGGCCUCGGUGACUUGGUUAAAGAUGAUUUCAAGCUCAUGGGUGGCGUCGACGGGGUGAGCGGAAAGUUUGCUAGCGCUGGCGAGUGCGUAGGCACCCUCAGCCGUCUAGCCGCCUCUCAGCUUGGCUUGCCAGAGGGCAUUGCCGUCGGAAGUGGUGUCAUUGAUGCCUAUGCAGGCUGGAUUGGCACAGUUGGUGCCAAGGUCGAGCUGACUGAAGACGAGCUCAAGACCGAUGUUCCCAAGAACGACGUUAGCCAAGCCUUUACUCGCUUGGCCGCCGUCGCAGGCACCUCAACAUGCCACUUGGCCAUGUCUAGAAAUCCAGUCUUUGUCCCCGGUGUUUGGGGACCUUACCGAGAUGUGCUGAUUCCCGAGUUCUGGAUGGCCGAGGGUGGCCAGUCAGCAACAGGAGAGCUGCUACGGCACAUGCUGGACAUCCACCCGGCGUAUAAUGAGACCAUGGCUCUGGCCAAGGCUGAAGACAAGCACAUUUACGACUUCCUCAACGCCCACCUUGAGUACAUGGCCGAGAAGCAUCAUGCGCCAGCCGUCUCUUACCUUGGGCGCCACUACUUCUUCUAUGGCGAUCUGUGGGGCAACCGCUCACCCAUUGCAGAUGCCAACAUGAAGGGCACCAUGAUUGGUCUUGACAGCGACAAGAGCACCGACAACAUGGCAUUAUGGUACUAUGCCACCAUGGAGUUCAUUGCCAUGCAGACUCGCCAGAUCAUUGAGCAAAUGAACAAGGCCGGCCAUGAGAUUUCUUCCAUCUUCAUGUCUGGGUCUCAGUGCCAGAACCCAAUUCUCAUGAAUCUCCUAGCCACAACGUGCAACAUGCCAGUGUUGAUCCCCAAGUACGUCAACGCAGCAGUCGUUCACGGAGCUGCCAUGUUGGGCGCAAAGGCAGCCAGCCACAACCUCAACGAUGGUUCAGAGCCCGAGACACUGUGGAACAUUAUGGACCGGAUGAGCAAGCCCGGCCGACUGGUUCAGCCCGGCACUGAUGUCGGCGAGAAGCUGCUGCUGGAUGCCAAGUAUGAGGUUUUCCUCGACAUGUGCAACACGCAGCAACAGUACAGGAAGAAGAUUGACAACGCUGUCGAAAAGUGGGGAGCCUUGUUUGACGCUGAUGACGAGUAAAUUAUCACUAUGAAGCAAGCGUGAUGAACUGAUAAAAGGAUGACAAGACGGUUUGGAAAUAGAAUUGACCUUUGGAAGCGACUUUGGUCUAUGUAAUGUAAUGAGAUUAUGCAUUUGCCUGUUGAUAGAGACAAAAAAACAAACAUAGCGAA